AUGAUCUUAAAUCUAUUCCGAGGGCCAUCGCCGCCACCGAGUGCCCCAACUUAUUUCGAUAUAAGGCUUGAGAGUGAUCUUGUAUGGGUCCCUGGAGACGAUGAUUCGGCUAGAUAUUACCAUGUUCUGGGAAAGAUUCUCUUGUGCCUGAAUCAACCACUCUGCGUCAAGGACAUUAAGGUUCAUUUUCAGGGCUUCCGUUACAUGAAUUGGGAUAAGAACUUCCCCGAAUUUAUUAUCAAGCAUCGGAAGAUCCCAUUCGGGGAAAGAGUCUUCAUGCAUCAGAUCUGGAGCUUUCUCCGAAUACCUGGAAGUUCAGCACCUGUCAAUGUACCAGCUGGGAAUCAUGAGUUCCCAUUUGACUUCUGUCUCUCCAGCGAGACCCCAGAGUCUGUUCAAGGACUCGAUGACUGCUAUAUCAGAUACCACCUCAAAGCACAGAUUCAAACCACCAAAGGAGGGAAUCUCGAUGUCGUGAAACCCGUUAGAGUGUGCAGGAUACACCAGUCAGUAUUAUUCCCGGUGUCAAAGACUUUGCAGAGAGUAUGGCCGCAGAAAGUGAUAUAUCGUGCCACUAUACCAUCCGGGACGUACAGCUUCGACAGCCUGAUCCCGGUCAAUCUUCACUUCAUACCCCUCGUCAAAGGGAUCCGCAUCGAUGGCAUCAACACUCAUGUCAUCGAGUCUCACAAGUCAACACAACCUCCAGUUGGCCAUCGGUCCCGUGUUAUCGUGGAGGACAAUUACCAAGCCCAAGAAUGGGAUGGAUUCGAGACCCUGUCGGAUGAUGACGGCCACUGGUAUUGCCUGACACGCGUACUUCGACUCCCCCGGACAACGAUACAAUGCCUUCAGAGCACGAGGACCAGCUUCCUGCAUGUGGACCAUAUUCUCAGCAUCCGAAUCGGCCUGCUCAACCCCGAUGGCCACUUGUCCGAGAUUAGCUUGACGUGGCCUAUCUUGAUUCAUUUCCCGAUUCCCUCUGCCCUAAGUGAAUACUUCACCAUUCCAGGCUUCGACCACGUCUUGUUUGCAGGGAAUGGUCAGACGGAUCCCCUCCCGCACUACAAGGAUCAUACCAUGCACCGGACACCUGAUGAACCUCUCCCCGAGACAUCACCCGAUGACCCUGGAAAUCAAGGAUUACCGGAGUAUGCGGAGUGGGACAGUUUGAGCAAGGUCCCGAGCUAUUCGACUGCAAUCCGCUCUGGACCUUCAAGUCCAACCCCCUAAUCUGACGAGGGCUGAUUG